AUGACCUUGACAGAGAGUAACAAAGUCUCCAUUGCUGAGAUUGCCAUUUAUGUACCAGCCCUUUUCGUCGCCAUAUUCUUGUGCAUACGCCACGGGUUUGGCCGCAGCUCCGGAUGGCUCUACCUCAUAAUCUUUUCUCUGGCACGCAUCAUUGGGCCAUCGAUGCAGCUGGCCACGAUAUCGCAGCCCGACAACAUCAGCCUCUACAUUGGGUCCGCCGUGCUCUCGAGCGUCGGCCUGUCUCCCCUGAUCCUCGUCGAGCUGGGCCUGCUCAGCCGCGCCCUGACGAGCAUCCGCAAGUCGGUCAAGACCACGGUCAAUGAGAGAAUGAUUCGGCUGGUCCAGCUCGUGGUCCUGGUCGGCCUGAUCCUGACCUCGGUCGGCGGCAGCCAAGCCGGGAGCAACUAUGCCGACACGGGCGUCUACACCAUGCCCUCCCUGUCCAAGGUCGGCCUCGGGCUCAUGAUUGCUGGCUUUGUCUUGACCGUCCUGGCCGCAGUCCAGGUGUUUCUGCAAAUCUCCCACGCCGAGCUGGGCGAGAAGCGUCUGGCCCUCGCCGUCGGCUUAUCUCUGCCUUUUGUCCUGGUCCGCCUGGCAUACGCUGCCGCGACCAUGUACUCGGGGAACCCCAAAUUUAACCAGCUGUAA